AUGGAGGAGGAGGCGUCGCGGCACAGCGUGGCGCUGGUGCUGGAUUUUGGCUCCCAGUACACGCAUCUCAUCACACGCCGCAUCCGGCAGCUCGGCGUCUGCUCCUUCUGCCUCUCCGCCGCCGAGGCAUCGCUCGACGCCAUCGCCAAGCUCGCGCCGUCGCUCAUCCUCCUCUCCGGCGGCCCCCAUUCCGUCUACGAGCCCGGCGCCCCCAGCGUCCCUCCCGGAUUCUUCGAUUACGUCCGCGAUCGCGGCGUCCCAGUGGUGGGCAUUUGCUAUGGGCUGCAGCUCAUCGUUGCGCAGAUGGGCGGCAGUGUCGAGCCGGCCGCCAAUCGCGAGUAUGGGAGCAUGGAUGUUGUGCCAGUGGCGGGAUCGGUGUUGUAUGGCGACGACGAUUCUACGCAGUCUGUGUGGAUGAGCCAUGGGGACGAAGUUGUGGAAAUGCCGCGCGGAUUUGUCGUUGUGGCGAGGAGUGUUCAAGGCAGCAUUGCGGCGAUCGAGAAUCCAGACUUGGGAAUCUAUGCAUUGCAAUAUCAUCCAGAGAAGCCCAAGUACCUGGUGCAAGGGACGCUCUAUCCCGACGUGAUCGAGUCGUGUCCUCCUCCUGGAGUCGUGGGACACUCUCACACUAUCAAAAGCCACCACAACGUUGGGGGACUUCCACCAUCGAUGAAACUUUUGCUCUUGGAACCUUUGAAGUGGCUUUUCAAGGACGAGGUAAGAAAGCUAGGAAAACUUCUUGGCAUUCCCGAAGGAUUUCUGAAAAGGCAUCCAUUUCCUGGUCCCGGUUUGGCUGUUCGUGUGAUCGGUGGCGACGUUACUGAGGAAAACCUUGAAACUUUGAGAUUGGUGGACGAGGUUUUCACAGCUUCGAUCAAAGAGGCUGGUCUCUACGACGAGAUGUGGCAAGCUUUCGCUGGCAUUCUCCCCGUCAAGACUGUGGGAGUCCAAGGAGACAAAAGGACUCACUCCGGCAGCGUUGUUCUUCGUGCAGUCACCAGCGAAGAUGGCAUGACUGCCGAGAGGUAUUCAUUCAAAAGGGAGUUUCUCGACCAGGUGACGAGAGAAAUCUGUAAUACGGUGGUGGACGUGAACAGGGUCUUUUAUGACUUGACUUCAAAGCCCCCCGCAACGAUAGAGUGGGAGUGAAUCGCUCGAAUUUGAUUUGUUUUACUUUUGCUCACAACUCAAAGGCAACGCACAUUAUUUU